AAGACAGCUUCACCAUCUCACGAUCCACAUCUCACACUCUUGUCCACCUUAUUACGCUGCCGAAUCCAUAAAUGCGGAGGGGAUAAUAAAUAGUCGAUAUUGCACUUUCUCGAUAUACCAGCCGAUAAAUUUCAGACGACGGCGGUGCGUCAGUCGCCAUCAUGUCCGGAGAACUCCUCAAGCCAGAGAAAGAUUUCAGCAAGGAUGCAGACAAGAUAAUUCCAGAAGCCCAAGAACUUGCCAAGAGCAAUGUUCAAGCGGCCAUCGAUAAGCUGUCCUUGCUGGAGAAGCAUGCUCGUCAGGCAUCUGACCUCGCAACCACCUCCCGAGUCAUCGUAACCAUCGUCUUGAUUAGCAAGGAGUCCGGCGACUGGAGUCUACUGAACGACCAGGUGCUUUUGCUAUCUAAGAAACAUGGCCAGCUCAAGCAGGCGACGACGAAAAUGGUCCAGAAAGUCAUGGAAUUUCUUGAGGAUACUCCUGAUGUCGAAACGAAGCUGUCAGUAAUUGAGACUCUGCGAACCGUGACAGAAGGAAAGAUCUUUGUCGAAGUCGAACGAGCCCGUAUUACCCGUUAUUUAUCACACAUCAAGAAAUCCCAAGGAGACCUCAACUCGGCCACCGAUAUCCUUUGCGAGCUUCAGGUUGAGACAUUCGGCUCAAUGACCAGGAGGGAAAAGACCGAGUUCAUUCUCGAACAGGUCGCUUUGUGUAUUGAGAAGGGCGAUUGGACUCAGGCGGCUAUUCUGAGCCGGAAGAUCAAUAAGCGCUACUUUGCACGCAAACCGAAGAAGACACCUGAACAGUUGGAGAAGGAGCAGAAGGAAUAUGAGGAGCGGGUGAAGACGCGCGCUUCUGAUGAGCCUAUGCCAGAGAAGGAUGAAUCUGUUGAGGAUUUGAAGCUUCGUUAUUACGAGCAGCAGAUUAUUCUCUCGAAACAUGACCAUAACUAUCUCGAUACCUGCAAGCACUACCGGGAUGUUCUCGAUACUGAGUCGGUGGAAGAGGAACCUGAGCGUCUCCGAGCUGUACUUGCCCGAAUUGUCUACUACGUUGUUCUUGCUCCAUACGACAACGAGCAAUCUGAUCUGCUUCACCGUAUACAACAAGAUAGCCGCUUGUCGCAAGUUCCAACCGAAGCGCGUCUAUUGAAAUUGUUUACAGUGCAUGAAUUAAUGCGCUGGCCCGAGAUUGCAGAAACCUUUGGCCCUCAUCUCACCAGCACUGAUGUCUUUGACAAGGAGCAGAACCCGAACGAUCCAGACGCCCAUACUCGAUGGCAAGAUCUGCGAAAGCGAGUAAUUGAGCACAAUGUGCGCGUUAUCGCCAAGUACUACACUCGUAUCCAGACGAGCCGGUUGACGCAAUUGCUAGACUUGAACGAGGAAGAGACGGAGAAAUACAUCAGCGACCUGGUCACGUCCAAGACCAUCUAUGCAAAGAUUGACCGUCCUGCUCGUGUCAUCAACUUUGCGAAGCCCCGGGAUGCAGACGACGUCUUGAAUGAAUGGAGCAGCAACAUGAGGAGUCUGCUGGGUUUGCUGGAGAGAAUCGACCAUCUGAUCACAAAGGAGGAGAUGAUGGCUCGUAUCCAGCCGACCAAGUCUGAGAAGGUGAAGGCAUGAUGGUAGUUAGAUAUGUAUAGUACAUCAGACAGAAAUGUACCUCUAUUAUACAGUAAUAAGUCUAUCUAUUAUGAUCUAUCUAUGCCAAGUCACAAGGUUAAAACGGCACAUCCAUAUCCUCAACUCUUUCAUCCUCUUCCUCUUUCUUCUUAUCCCCUUCCAGUGCCCUCCUGAUAAACCCCACAGCAAUUUCGAGAUAUGUCUUUUGACUUGGCACAAAAUGUCCUCCAGGAUGGAACACAACUUUCCCAUCCUUUUCUGGGUCACCCGCACAAGCCUCUAUCAAUCCUCUAGACAUCUCCUCCGUAACCAGCGCAUCCAACGUCCCCAAAACAUGCAACACGGGCGUCGUAACCGGUUUUUGAGCGUCAUAUAAAGCCUUCCAUCGCGGAUCCGCAAGUUUGAACCCACUAUAGACAAUCGCGAAUUUGAGCGGAGGAUGAUUCCCGACAUUAUUUGCAGAAAAAGCCUCAGGGAAUUGUACACCAUCCUCAGCCGCCGCUGCAUUGAACGAUUCGUUCCUGUUGGCUUCUAAUAGACUGGCAACCAUAAACGCAAGACAAGCACCCUGCGAAAACCCAAUUACGCCAUCAAACGGCCCUUCAUCCCGCAGCACGGCGGCAACACUGGCCAAUCCAUCUUCGAUACCUUUAUAAGUUGGCGGAGUCGUACUUGGUCUCCUCCACCAGCCGUACGCUUCUAUCUCGAAUUUCUCGUCUUUUCCGUCAGCGGCAUCAUCGACAUUAUACCCCGGAACGUCAGAAGGAUUGAGUCGUAAGGGUCCCGUGGGA